CCACGUCCCGAGCUGUGUCGCCGCGCUCCCUCGGGGCGGGUCGGACCAGCGGGCGGGCGGCAAGGACCGGAGCCUGGCGGCGCCCACGACCGAGGCCCGCAAUGGUGAUCUGCUGCGCGGCCGUGAACUGCUCCAACAGGCAGGGCAAAGGCGAGAAGCGCGCUGUCUCCUUCCACAGGUUCCCCCUAAAGGAUUCCAAGCGGCUGAUCCAGUGGUUAAAGGCCGUUCAGAGGGAUAACUGGACCCCCACUAAGUACUCAUUCCUCUGCAGUGAGCAUUUCACCAAAGACAGCUUCUCCAAGAGACUGGAGGACCAGCAUCGCUUGCUGAAGCCCACAGCUGUGCCCUCUAUUUUCCACCUGUCGGAGAAGAAGAGGGGGGCUGGAGGCCAUGGCCAUGCUAGGAGGAAGACCACAGGGACCAUGAGGGGCCACACCAGCGCAGCGGCAGGGAAAGGAACCGUCGCUCCCCCCCUGCCCUCAAGUGAUACCUCCAUGGCCAAGCCCGAGUCCCGAAAGUUGAAGCGAGCUUCUCCACAGAGUGAUGCAACCCCCAAGGCCACCCCAGGUGCUGUGAGUCAGGAGCAGGGGCAGUCCCUGGAAAGAACUUCAGGAGCUGGACUGGCCGCCCCCCUGGCCAGCAGCCGGGAAGAAGCAGAAAUGUCUGCUACAGAGGCUGACCACCAGAAGGCCUCUUCCUCUGAUGACGCAGGCGGGGCAGACAAGAGCGGCAUCUCCAUGGACGACUUCACACCCCCGGGGUCUGGAGCUUGCAAGUUCAUUGGCUCACUUCAUUCUUAUAGUUUCUCCUCCAAGCACACUCGAGAGAGGCCAUCUGUACCCCGUGAGCCCAUUGACCGAAAGAGGCCGAAGAGAGAGACGGAGCCAAGGUGCAGUGGGAAUAGUGUGGCCCAGAGUCCCCCAAGUUCCUCGCUCACAGCAACCCCUCAGAAGGCUUCCCAGAGCCCCUCCGCCCCUCCGACUGAUGUGACCCCAAAGCCAGCUGCAGAGGCCGUGCAGAGUGAGCACAGUGAUGCCAACCCCAUGUCCAUCAACGAGGUCAUCCUGUCGGCCUCGGGGGCCUGCAAGCUCAUCGACUCCCUGCACUCCUACUGCUUCUCGGCCCGGCAGAACAAGAGCCAGGUGUGCUGUCUGCGGGAGCAGGUCGAGAAGAAGAACGGAGAGCUCAAGAGCCUGCGGCAGAGGGUCAGCCGCUCCGACAGCCAGGUUCGCAAGCUGCAGGAGAAGCUGGAGGAGCUGCGGAGAGCCAGUCUCCCCUACCUCCCCUACCUAAGUGGCCUGCUGCCCCCCAGCCACGAGCCUCCCAAGAUGAACCCCGUGGUGGAGCCGCUGUCCUGGAUGCUGGGUACCUGGCUAUCCGACCCGCCGGGAGUUGGUACCUUCCCGACACUGCAGCCCUUCCAAUACCUGGAGGAGGUGCACAUCUCCCAUGUGGGCCAGCCUAUGCUCAACUUCUCGUUCAACUCGUUCCACCCAGACACACACAAGCCAAUGCACAGAGAGUGUGGCUUCAUCCGCCUCAAGCCCGACACCAACAAGGUGGCCUUUGUCAGUGCCCAGAACACAGGUGUUGUGGAGGUGGAGGAGGGUGAAGUGAACGGGCACGAGCUGUGUAUCUCAUCCCAUUCCAUCUCCAGGAUCUCCUUUGCCAAGGAGCCCCAUGUGGAGCAGGUACUUAAUGCUAUGAACUUUCCUCUUAGAACUGCCUUCAUUUUGAUUACUCGAAAAUUCAGACUGAAUUCUGAAGGCAAACUUGAACAGACGGUCUCUAUGGCAACCACUACCCAGCCAAUGACUCAGCAUCUUCAUGUUACCUACAAGAAGGUGACCCCAUAACCUGGAGCAACUCCCAGAGCCUGGGGAGGGGCCUGGCUCCUGCAUCUAGCCCCCCAGUUUAGUAGACAUCCUACGCAGACAUGGUGUGGCCGCAGACUCUGCUCACACAGAACUGUUGUCCUGGUGAUCUUGUAAUGGCACAGAAAACCAAAUAAAAGGCCUUUAUUUUUA